AUGUCGAGAUUGUUUCUCACCGCUCUUAUUUUGGGGUUGAGUCUCUGCGGAUCCGCAAACCAAUGUUGCUCAUUGCUGGAAUCGCAGCAUCCGGACCUUGUUUUCCAGCCCGGUACGCCGAGGUAUCUGGAAGAAGCAUCACAGAGCUACUGGUCUACGACGGCGCGGCUCACCCCUUCGUGUGUCUUCACCCCUUCGUCGGCAGAGCUCGUUUCACAGGCCGUAAAGUUCUUCGAGCAAAAAAACUGCACAUUCGCAAUCCGUUCCGGAGGCCACUCUCCCAGCCAAGGUUGGGCCAACAUCGAUGACGGGGUUCUGCUUGCAACCACCAAUUUGUCGUCCAAGUCCAUUCACGAUGGUUAUGCCAGUUUUGGGUCUGGAUUGCGAUGGGGUUCUGUCUAUGAAUUCCUUGCGCCUUACAACCUUGUUGCGAUCGGCGGCCGCAGUGCAAGCGUUGGCAUGGCCGGGCUUGUUCUCGGAGGUGGUGUUUCGCACUUCACUCCAAAGCAUGGACUCGCCUGUGAUAACGUGAAGGGGUUUCAGGUUGUGACUGCAAAAGGCCAGAUCCUUGAAGUCAAUGCGAGCUCCCACGCCGAUUUAUUCGAGGCCAUGAAGGGGGGUCAGAACAUAUUCGGCGUCGUGACUCGAUUCGACCUCUACACAUACCCCUCGCCGAAGCUACACAGCGUCUCAGCACGACUCAACAUGACGUAUUUCGACCGCAUCGCCGAUGAAUAUGACAACUUUGCUCGGAUGGGCUCAACGGCUGAAGGAGCGGAAGACCUCGAGUUGUCGCUCAUCACAUACUGGGCAGCGAUCUUCGGAGACCCCUUCAUCGAAGUAGGGUUCCUUUCAAUGGCGGAAGAGGAACGUACCUGGGUCACAGAUCCCGACACGACGGACCUCAGGCUUCCUCACCCGCUGGACGGCUUCGAUGGGUUUCCAUACACGAAUGUUUCAGAGAAGUGGGGGACGAUGAGCGAGCGCGCGUCUGGACCUAAACUGCCGGCUCUCCGGUACGACCUCAGGACGAUGACGUUUCAAAGCAAUGCGAACAUGAUGAAGGGUAUAAAGAAGAUAUUCGAGGAGGAGUUUGCGGCACUGCUUGACAUGGAGGGCUUUGCCGGCAUUGUCGAAUGGCAGCUGGUCACCAACAAUGCCCUUGAGCAAGGUGUGAAAAUGGGCGGCAACAUCCUCGGCCUCGAAGGCUUUGGUUCCGUGGUUUUUUUUGCCAUGGCCAACAGUUGGUCUGACGCUUCUUACGAUGAGGCAGCAUACACUGCUGGGCGACGAGUUGUGGAGAGGGGAGAGGCGCUAGCAAAGGAGCUUGGCGUGCACCUGCCAUACAUCUAUGCCAAUUAUGCAGCGGCGGAUCAGGACGUCCUCAGUUCUUACGGGGCCAAAAAUGUUGCCAAACUUAAACGUCUGCGCAGAAAGUAUGACCCUGCUAGCAUUCUGCACAAGCUGGUUCCCGGGGGUCUGAGUGGCAUGCUUCCGUCAGGAGGAACUUGCAAGCACUGA